UCCAUUCUUGUACCGUUUCCCUGAAAAGCUUUUCAGUAAAUGCACUCAUGCUACUACAGGAGCUUCUCUCAGCAAUAAGCCACCCAUCUGCCAUCAACAAGUUAAGACUAAAAGAACCCACAGCCGCGGAAAAAGAACGUGAGCUUCAAUUAAACCACUGAGCAGUCACAGGAGGAGGAAAAAAACAACAACUUAUAUUCAGCAUUGAUUCCACAGUUACAGACCUGUCACAUGAAAUCAAGCCAACGAAUUUAAAAGGAGUAUUUUGAGAGAGCAUGGUGGAUUCAGUCUUACACUAAUAUCGAAGGACACUAGAAAACAGUAAAUUAUUCAAAGGCUGUCUUACAUUGGAGCCUUUUACAGACUCACUGCGUUGAGUCUAAAACUACGACUGAAUGCAACCUCCAAUGUACUCAAAAGAAUGGGCUUACAUUUCAAGUGGCCAUUAGGGGCUCCUAUGCUGGCAGCACUAUAUGCAAUGAGUAUGGUUUUAAAAUUGUUGCCUGCCUUGGGCAUGGCUUGUCCACCAAAAUGUCGCUGUGAGAAGCUGCUCUUUUACUGUGACUCUCAGGGGUUUCACUCAGUGCCAAACACCACUGACAAGGGCUCUCUAGGUUUGUCACUGAGGCACAAUUAUAUUUCUGAACUUGAAAGGGAUCAAUUUGCAAGCUUCAGUCAACUUACUUGGCUUCACUUAGAUCAUAAUCAAAUUGCAACGGUAAGAGAAGAUUCUUUUCAAGGACUAUAUAAACUUAAGGAAUUAAUCCUAAGUUCAAACAAAAUAUUUUAUUUGCCAAACACAACUUUUAGUCAACUGCUGAACCUGCAAAAUUUGGACCUCUCUUUUAAUCAGUUAUCCUCUCUGCAUCCUGAGUUGUUUUAUGGACUUCGCAAACUGCAAACCUUGCAUUUACGUUCCAACUCCCUGCGGACUAUCCCAGUCCGCCUUUUCUGGGACUGUCGUAGUCUGGAGUUUCUGGAUUUGAGCACAAAUCGCUUGCGAAGUUUGGCUCGGAAUGGAUUUGCAGGAUUAAUCAAACUGAGGGAGCUUCACCUAGAGCACAACCAGCUGACAAAGAUUAAUUUUGCUCAUUUCCUACGGCUAAGCAGUCUGCACACGCUCUUCUUGCAGUGGAACAAAAUUAGCAAUUUGACAUGUGGGAUGGAGUGGACCUGGGGUACCCUAGAAAAGCUAGAUUUGACUGGAAAUGAAAUCAAAACCAUUGAUUUGACAGUUUUUGAAACUAUGCCUAAUCUUAAAAUACUCCUAAUGGAUAACAACAAGCUAACCACUCUGGAUUCCAAGAUCUUAAAUUCACUCACAUCCAUAACUACAGUGGGCCUCUCCAGCAAUCUGUGGGAAUGCAGUCCAAAGAUAUGUGAAUUAGCCACAUGGCUGAGUGGUUUUCAAGGUCGGUGGGAGCACUCCAUACUGUGCCACAGCCCAGACCACACCCAAGGAGAGGAUAUUCUAGAUGCAGUUUACGGUUUUCAGCUUUGCUGGAAUUUAUCAACUAUUGUUACAUCCAUGGUUACAACUUACAGAUCUCCAACUACUGAGUAUACAAAAAGAAUAAGCUCGUCGAAUUUCCAUAUGGGAGACAAAGAAAUUCCAACUACUGCAGGCAUAGUCGUUACUACUGAAGAACAUUUCACUGAACCAAACAAUGCCAUCUUCACUCAACGGGUAAUUACAGGAACAAUGGCUUUAUUAUUUUCUUUCUUUUUUAUCAUUUUUAUAGUGUUCAUCUCCAGAAAAUGCUGCCCUCCCACAUUAAGAAGAAUUAGGCAGUGUUCAAUGAUUCAAAAUCACAGGCAACUCCGAUCCCAAACACGGUUACAUAUGUCAAACAUGUCAGACCAAGGACCAUAUAACGAAUACGAAGCCACCCAUGAAGGACCUUUCAUCAUCAUUAAUGGCUAUGGACAGUGCAAGUGUCAGCAGCUGCCAUAUAAAGAAUGUGAAGUAUAAUAUCUGCAAAUCAUCAAAAAUUAAACCAGAUAAGUAACUUAUUUUAAAAUUG